CUGCAGUACCCAAAGUGCACCGCGGCAGAGCCAGAGCGAAGGGGAGAUUUGAGGAAUUCGUCCGCAGCGGUGGAGCUGCGCUGUCGCACAAAAAAUAAUGGCAUAGCUGUUCAACUGGCUGCUAGUGAUUCCUCGUGAACGUGUGCAUGCUCUGGGUUGGAAGACGUCUCACUACAAUCAAUACUCCAGAGAAGAAGAAGAAGCAGCAGUAGCAGCUGCCUUCACAGCAGCCAGCCCCGGCAGCCCUUCUACCCCCCCGCAGACUGCAGCAGCGUGCAGGAUGGAGGCGUCGUUUGGCCCGACCUUCUCAGCCGUGGCUGCUGGAGCGAAAGCACAGCACAGAAGAACGCCCUCCUCCUCCAGCACUCUCACCUACUCCCCUCGCGAUGAUGACGAUGGAAUGCCUCUCAUCGGAACUCCUCGGCGGUCUGAUUCAGCCAUCUCAAUCCGGUCUCUCCAUUCCGAGUCCAACAUGUCCCUGCGCUCCACAUUCUCUCUUCACGAAGAGGAGGACGACACGGAGUCCCAGGUGUUUGCUGAACAGCCGUCAGUGAAACUGUGCUGUCAGCUCUGCUGCAGUGUCUUUAAAGACCCAGUCAUCACAACGUGUGGGCACACCUUCUGCAGACGAUGUGCCUUGACUUCAGACAAGUGCCCAGUGGACGCAGCUAAGCUCACAGUGGUGGUAAACAACAUUGCAGUGGCCGAGCAGAUAGGAGAACUCUUCAUCCACUGUAAAUACGGCUGCAGGGCCACAGCAAGCGGAGCAGGGGGGGCCACGGCCUCCAAUCCCACAGUGGCCGGGAAGCCUGGCCCGUAUGAAGUGGACCCACUGGGAUGCCCCUUCACCAUUAAACUGACCACACGGAAAGAACAUGAGGCCAGUUGUGACUACAGGCCAGUCCGCUGUCCCAACAACCCCUCCUGCCCCCCGCUGCUCACCAUGAACCUGGAGGCUCACCUCAAAGAAUGUGAGCACAUCAAAUGUCCACACUCCAAAUAUGGCUGUACGUUCAUCGGUAACCAGGACACGUAUGAAACACAUCUGGAGGUGUGUAAAUUUGAGGGGCUGAAAGAGUUCCUGCAGCAAACUGACGACAGGUUCCACGAGAUGCAGCUGACUCUGUCCCAGAAGGACCAGGACAUUGCUUUCCUGCGCUCCAUGCUGGGCAAACUAUCGGAGAAGUUAGAUCAGCUGGAGAAGAACAUGGAGCUCAAGUUUGAUGUGUUGGAUGAGAACCAGAGUAAGCUGAGCGAGGACCUGAUGGAGUUUCGUAGAGAUGCCUCCAUGCUCAACGUAAGGGGGAUAAAUGAUGAGUUGUCUCACAUCAACGCCCGGCUCAACAUGGGAAUCCUGGGCUCAUAUGACCCCCAGCAGAUCUUCAAGUGCAAGGGGACGUUUGUGGGCCACCAGGGUCCCGUGUGGUGCCUUUGUGUUUACUCCACUGGGGACUUGCUCUUUUCUGGAUCCUCAGAUAAGACCAUCAAGGUGUGGGACACAUGCACCACCUACAAGUGUCAGAAAACCCUUGAGGGCCACGAUGGCAUUGUGUUGGCUCUGUGUAUCCAGGGAAACCGUCUGUACAGUGGCUCUGCGGACUGCACCAUCAUCGUGUGGGACAUCCAGACCCUGCAGAAAGUCAACACUAUCCGGGCCCAUGACAACCCAGUGUGUACACUUGUCUCCUCCCACAACAUGUUGUUCAGCGGCUCCCUCAAGGCCAUUAAGGUGUGGGACAUCGUGGGCACAGAGCUGAAACUGAAGAAGGAACUAACUGGUCUGAAUCACUGGGUCAGAGCACUGGUGGCCUCCCAGAACCACUUGUACAGCGGCUCAUACCAAACCAUCAAGAUCUGGGACAUCCGCUCUCUGGAGUGUGUCCACGUCCUCCAGACCAGCGGGGGCAGUGUCUACUCCAUCGCCGUCACCAACCACCACAUCGUCUGUGGAACCUACGAAAACCUCAUCCACGUCUGGGACAUUGAGUCUAAAGAGCAGGUGCGGACCCUCACAGGUCACGUGGGAACUGUUUAUGCUCUCGCUGUCAUCGCCACCCCCGACCAGACCAAAGUGUUCAGCGCCUCCUAUGAUCGUUCCCUCAGGGUGUGGAGCAUGGAUAACAUGAUCUGCACCCAGACUCUGCUCAGGCACCAGGGCAGUGUAACGGCUCUGGCUGUCUCCAGGGGGCGCCUCUUCUCCGGAGCCGUCGACAGCACCGUCAAGGUGUGGACCUGCUAGAUGAACAUCUGGCUCCACAGCUGAGCUCAGACUUCACAUCCCAUCAAAGUUUCCGUGAGGUUUCCUCGUCCACGCCCGUUUCUUUGAUUGUGAUUUAACAGCCGCAGACCAACAGUACCCCCCCCCCCCCCACCACCACCAAGCUGCAUUGGAACUAUUUUACUAAGUGUUGCUUUUAAAACGUCAAACAGUCCCACGCGUCGACCCCCGACCUUCAGGAUCGCAGCUCACGCUCUCUGUGACCCUGGUGCAUUAUGGGGCAAAACAAGAGGAGCUGCCUUAACGGUUGCAACGCACUGCGCCAAAUCUGAAUGAGCGCUGUAAUCAGAGCAGGAAGCAGAGAGGAUUGUGGGUAGCAGUCGGUCCUGUCUGCUUCCUGCAGAUACACCUGCCAUUUAAGAACUGUACUGACGAUGCCUAAUGUAAACUAUCCACACGCGUGUAACGGCUGGUUUCACAAACACAGAGCGUCGCCGCCCAAUCACAGACGAGUUCACAGACGAGUUCACAGACGAGUUCACAGACGAGUUCACUGACGAGUUCACAGACGCCAUCCGAGCUGUGACCAGGUUAUUUGAUGCAAAUGAAGUAGCAGCAGUUUUAUGCUGAAAUUAAAGUGAACAGUGACUUAAUGUGUCGGGGGUGAUCGACCCCGACCCAGACAAUCUGAAGGACCCUAGACGGGGGGGGAUGGGGGGCUCAAAGGUGCCUGCUUCAAAGUCCUGUAUUAGACAACACGUAUACAGGUCAGCCAGUGAUUGUAGGACUGAAUCUCGGUCGCCAGCUGCUCUCACUUUAAUAUUAAUAUUAAACGUAAAAGACAAAAUCCUUUUGUUCCCGUUUCUUUCUGCUUGUCAUUAUUUUUAAUUAAAGUUUUUAUUCAUCGCCGGAGGGAAACAGACGAGUCAGCAGUAACCCCCGCUGUCACUCACCUGACUCUGACCUCUCAGCCUGUGGCGCUGUGUGAUGAUGUCACAGGGAUUUGAGACCCGGUCGUGAUUUGUGCCGCCUGGUUCAACUGAUGCAAACUUCACAUCUGUUCACACCUCUGCUUUGACUUUGUGUGAAAUCUCAUUGUGCGAAACGUAAACAGAGCAGAACUCAAAAAGUACAGAUGUGUAAGUUUGUAUCUGACAGAUGUGAAGUGAUUUGUCCUCUGUUGGUUCAGAGCAGAGCAGCUGGAGCUUUAAUAACAAGCAUCGAGUCCUUUCCAGAGAAACACUGUUUGUCUCUUCACUUCACUUUUCUCUUCCAUAUCAAUAUUUCCGUCGCCCAGUUCAGUUUUGUGAAACCAGCCUUUACCAAAACUCCUUUGAAUAAUAAGCGAAGACUUUAGAGAGAAUGACAGAUCUAUAGAUUUACUGAGUUUUAUAUUAGUGCCAUGAUAGAGCUGUAUCCAGAGCAGCUCUGUAUCCAGAGCCACGCGACACUUGUACAGUUGUGUAAAGGUAACGUGCCGAGUCUGGACAUGUGCCCGUCACCAGAAUGAGUCACCAGAGAGACCGGCGGUGAGGAGGAGGAGUUAGUGUGCAUGUAUGUGUCUGUUGUUGUGUACAUGGGUGUGUGUGUGUUUCAAUGAGUGCCAUACGUGUGGAUGAGAAGCUAAGAGAGACUGUAACGAUUCAUAUUUCUCUCCCGGAUCUCCCGGAUCUCCCCGGACGCGUUCGGACUGUAGCGCUCGACGAGGUGAAGGCCGCCGGUGAUUACAGAUGUUCAGGAGUAUUAUGUUUUCAUUUCAACACACAUCUGGACGCCACUUCCUGUAGCCUGGGAGAUGGGGGGCGGGGGGGAGGGAAGAGAGAGAGUUCACUCACUGGUCAGUGUCAGUGAUUUCUUGUAAACUUGUAACCAUGUUAAGCCUGAGUUGGUCAUUGAUCAAUAAAACUGUUGUACACUUUGA